CUAUUUUUUGGUUUUGUUUUUAUUUUCGAAUUUGGUGAUAUUAUUUCAUAAAUAAUUAAAUUCCUUAAAUAGAAACAAUGUCGUCUGAUUUUUUAGCAGAAAAUAAUAUAUGUGGUCAAGUGAUUUUGAAUUUAGUUUCCAGAGGAAAUGCCAUUAUUGCGGAAUUAUUAAGACUGAAGGAUUUUAUCCCCAAAAUUUACAGAUUAGAUUCUAAACACGAUAUACAGAAGUACAGUGAUAUUGUUUUGGAUUUCAAUUAUUUUAAAAUUUCUGAAAAUCAUGAACAAAAAAUUGAAAAAAACGAGGCACUUAGGGAUCUAGAUGAAGAAUUCCGAGACAAUCACAUAGAGAUUAUUAAACGAUUUUACUUGGUAUUUGAAAGUAUACACACAUAUAUUACAGAUCUAAAUCAAUUUAUUGAUGAACUAAACGAGGGAAUGUAUAUUCAUCAAACUCUUGAAAAUGUUUUCACCGAUAUUGAAGGAAAACAAGUCAUGUGUGAAGCUUUAUAUUUGUAUGGUUUAAUGUUACUAAUUGUCGAUGCGUUUAUAGAUGGAGCUAUCAGAGAAAGAUUAUUAGUUUCAUAUUAUAGAUAUGCACCUGAAAGACAAGAAACUAAAAGUAGCAUCGAUGAAGUUUGUAAAUUAUUACGUGAUACUGGCUAUAAUGCCUCCAAGAAACCUGUUACCUAUCCUGAGGAUUACUUCAAGAGAGUCAAUCUUAAACCAAUCUAUGUAGACUAUGUAAUUGGUCGUUUAAGAUCUGAUGAUAUUUAUGGCCAAGUUUCAGUGUAUUCACUUCCAAAACACAGAAGUACAGCACUAGCAAAUCAGGCAGCAAUGUUAUACGUUUGUUUGUUUUUUUCUACAGAUAUUCUCCAUUCUCAGACAGCAGUUAUGAGAGAAAUUGUAGAUAAAUACUUUCCGGACAAUUGGGUCAUAUCUUUGUAUAUGGGACACACGGUUAAUUUGGUAGAGACAUGGGAUUCUUUUAAAGCUGCAAAGUCUGCAUUAAAUAAUACACUAGAGAUUGUUAAUGUUAAGAGUUAUGCUAAUUCGUAUGGUACAAGUGUAUCUAAUCUUCUCAAAUUAACAAACUCGUUAUUGAAGGAAGGCAACAUAACUAACGAAAAUCUGUUAAAAGACAUAAAUAAUAUUAUAACUACAAUCAGGGAGUGCAAUGUAACAGUACGUUGGUUAAUGUUGCAUACAGUCCUCAAACCUGGUCAAGUUGAUAAGGUAAAAAGAUUGAAACAACUUCGGGAGAAUGUGAUAUCCGAAGCUAAGUGUGAUCCAGGAUUGUUGUUUAAAUUACUGUUAAAUACCGCCCAGUUGGAAUUGAUCGUUAGAGAUUUGUAUAAAGAGCUAUUACAAAAUAAAGAAAUUCAAUGGGAAGAGUUGAAAAGUGAGAGUAAUAGUAGAUUGUUGGAGUUGUCUGAAGUAUUUGGUGGUUCAAAACCGUUGACUCGGAUACAGAAAAAUGAAAAUUUGCAACUGUGGUUUGUUGAGAUUUCCAAACAAAUACAGUCGCUGAUUCAAGAGGAUAACAGUUCUUCCAGGAAACUUGUACAAUUAAUACAAGCUUUAGAAGAAGUACAAACAUUCCACCAGCUAGACAAUAACAUGCAAGUCAUUCAAUUUUUAGCAGAAACUAGAAAAUAUUUGGAUCAGAUGAUAAGAACUAUGAAUAUUAAAGAAGAUAUUCUUAUUAAUUUACAAAUUAUUGGUGAUAUAAGUUAUGCAUGGGAGUUGAUCGAUUAUUAUACAAAUAUCAUGCAAUUAGGUAUUAGAAAAGAACCCACUUUAGUCAUUAAACUACGGGCUGUAUUCUUGAAACUUUCAUCUGCUCUGGAAAUACCCUUACUUCGUAUCAACCAAGCUCAUAGUGAAGAUUUGAUCUCGGUGUCACAGUACUACAGCAAAGAAUUGGAGAUUUAUGUUAGAAAAGUGUUACACAUAAUACCUAGUAUGAUGUUUGAAAAACUGGCAAGGAUAAUAGAGAUGCAAACUACCGUGUUAAAGGAACUGCCAACUAGAGUCGAUAAAGACAAAAUUAAGGACUACAUUCAGCUAGAGGAAAGAUUUGAAUUUGCAGAGUUAACUAAUUCGAUCUCAGUUUUUAGUCAAGGUAUGAGAAUGAUGAAAAGUACACUAGUGGGCGUGGUGUGCUUAGAUCCCAAGCAAUUAUUAGAAGAUGGCAUAAGAAAAGAACUAGUCCAACAUAUUUCUAAAGCUUUACAUGCUAGUUUAAUGUUUAGUGUAAAGCCAAAACAAGAUGAGCUUGGGCAGAAACUUAAAUUAUUAGUACAAAUAAUGGAUGGUUAUAAAAGAUCAUUUGAAUAUAUACAGGAUUACAUAAACGUUAAUGGUUUGAAAAUUUGGCAAGAAGAGGUAACUCGAAUAAUUAAUUAUAACGUUGAACAAGAAUGUAAUGGUUUUCUUCGUUACAAAAUACAUCCAUGGCAAAGUGUCUACCAAAGUCGUUAUGUACCAAUACCAAUCUAUCCUUCAAUAGAUCAGAGUGUUAAUUUUGUAGGUAGAUUGGCUAGAGAGGUUAUAAGACUCACCGACCCAAGAACAUCACUUUAUUUAGACACAACGACAACAUGGUAUGACAAUAAAACCCACAAUCCAAUUAUCAACAAAGAAACAAUCGCUUCCAUAGCUUCUGCAAUUGAAAUAGCUGGAUUAGUGGGUUUGGACAGGUUAUUUUCGUUCAUGAUUAUAAAUGGACUACAAAAACUUACAGGCUAUCUCGAAAAUAAAAAUGUUAAAAUUGCUUCUUGGACCAAUAUACUCACUUCAAUACAAAAUGAAAUGAAGCAAACAGAAGAGCUUGUUAAUCCUUUAAAAGUCUACCAAACUUACGUCAAUCGUUGUACCAAAAUAUGGACAGAUUUUCUCGAAAACACAUUGUUAGUUGGUCAAUUGCAGCUACUCAGGAAUUUGAUUGCUUUCUAUUUGAAUACCUCUUGUAAAUUUAACGCCAAAAAUUUGGAACUAUCGCUGCGCUCUUUAAAUAAAUCAAUUCUAAUGGACAUUAAGAAUGACACGUUCAAUCCGAGCGAAACCUUUUUGCAUUCGUUAUCGAGUUAUUUCGAUUAUGCUGGACUGAAUCAACCGUUGAAUAAAAUUUACACAACUUCGAAGAAUAACUUGGAUCAUUCCAUAACUAUAUUUGUAUUUGUCAUAUCGCAUUUACAUAAGUUGUUUUUACCUCAAAAUACAGGUAAUUUAAAUAAAAGGACACAGGACCAAAUUGAUGGAAUAUCUUUUUCAGUAGGUGUGCACACAAUUUUAAAACAGUUUCAUCCGAAUUUAAAUCGUGAUUUUAUAAAAUAUAUUACUAACUAUGCGUUGCAGCUCACCAAACAUAAUAGCAGCCUUAAAUCUGCCGACCUCCUACCUGAAGUAAAUGUUGCCUUAAAAUUUAUGGAAAAUUAUACUAAUUAUUCGGAAGAGUCGCGUAUAUUUUAUAGAGAAUCAUUACCCACGGAAAUUUUGCAUAUCCAGCAAUCAUUAUGUAGAGCAUCCACGUAAGAAGAAAAUAAACCAAGAGGCGACCCUAAAAUCAGUAAGCUAAUAAGUUUUAAGAACGGUACCCGUUUGUGACAAUACACCAGCAUAAAGUUUGUCUUUCAAACGCCAGAGCUAAUUUUACAUACUUAGCUUGAAGCCCAAAUCAUAGAAUUUUAC